AUGGAUGGUUACAGAGAAGUACAGGGAUGUUCCGCCACGAGUGAAUCCAUGUCAGCCGUUAGUUUCCAGUUCCGGGUCACCCAGUGUGGAACGCGCUCUACGAGAUCUCAAUCGGUGCCACUGGGCAACCUGAACAGAGCCGUGUAUCAGAAUACGAUGGUCGUGCAGCCGGCGAGAGGUUACGGACCGUCGUCGCAGACGCGCCGCGAAUACACUAUCGCCUGCACAAUGAAGAGCGACAGGAGCAGCACCAGCGGCAGCCGCACUAGUAACCGCUAUUUCGUCGACGACUACAAGAGUAGAGACCCAUACGAGAACCUCGAGAUGCGCUGGCAGCGCAACUCCGACUCGGCGUCGCGCGGGGCGACAUCUAGCGGCAACUCCGCGCGGCCACAUCCCCAGUCUUCGUAUGGCAGGUCAAAGCAGCCACGCGGUGACUUCGGCAGCAGCUGGCAGCAGGCUCCAGCGCCAGGGAUCGGUUACCCGGCAACCGACGAACUACCCGCGAGCAAGCGUGGCACAGAACCGCCGGUAGAUGGCGACAGGAACGGCGUCGGAAUCGUGCGCAUCGUGAAGAAGAAUAGGCGUAACCGGUCGAGACCUGAAUUUUCGGGCAUCCUUCCGGCGGCGCUGACAGCCGACAACCUGCCAGUGGCGUGCGAGUGGACCGCAGUGGUCUUCGCCCGACGUCACCCCAAUACGCGGUCGCCUCGCGCGCCAUCCAUAUCGCGCGGCUGCGCGUCGGCGGGGCCGAGCUGGGUAGCUCCACCGCACCGCUGCAGACCCACACGACAUCGUCUCUUCCUGAUUGCCGCAGCCCCCGCCGCAACGCCGCCGCCGGACUGGGCGACAGAUGAGCAGAGAUAUGUCCCAGCCUCGGCUCUAGAACCGACGAGGGGUGAGGCAAACCCGUAUUUCACGGCGCCCGCCCCAAAGCGGGCGGCAGAUGAGGCAAACCCGUAUUUCACGGCACCCGCCCCAAAGCGGGCGGCAGAUGAGGCAAACCCGUAUUUCACGGGCACCCGUCCCAAAGCGGCGAGAGAUGAAGAUAGCUAUUUCCCUACAGCUCCUCCGGAUCGGGCGAUAGAGGCGGAGGACUCUCAUUUUCCAGCAUCUAUGCGAACGGCAGCGAGGACCGAGAACCGUCACGUGACCUACCCACCGCACGUUCUGCUGGAGAGAGUGCAGACAGAUGGCGCUGCGACCACGCGGGAGGCUGAGGAAACGGUCAGUCCCGCUUUCCCUCGCAUCAUCGCACCGUACGGCACACAAGAUAGCCUCGAGCCGUUCUUAGGCCGAGGCGACGCGUUCUCUCGCGAGCCGCCACUGGACACAACGACGAGCGUCUACCAGUACCUGAGCACGGCCGCGCUGCCAGCGCUGCGUCCGCCCACGCCGUCGACCUCCGUCUACCGCCCAUCCACGCCCGGUCUACCGCACGCACAACUAACGCCGAUGUCGCCACUGCUGACGCCGACAACGGAGGCGCCAUCUCACGGCGCCAUUCUUCUCAAGAGCACGCAGCCUCCGCAUGGCAACGUCGACGAUGGCGUCACCGACGCGGCGACGACGUCACGAACGCUGCGACUCGUCACAGUGCCGCCACCGCGGACGGCGUUUGACUUCUAUGCGGGGAUUGGCGACGGCGGCGACGACGAUGUCGACAGCAUCAAAGCCGAGGCGCCGCUGGACAUCACGCCCCCUGGAGGGCUGGUCACUCCGGCCGUCAACGACUCAUCGCCAGCCGUCGUCUCGUCCGACGUCGAGCUGUUCCGUCCCUACAAAGAAUACAACUUCGGCAUCAACGGCUUCGUGUUCCCGUCGCCAACCAUCAUGGAUACGAUCAGCGACCUCUUGCGGGACUUCGACGAGAUUAACGACACGGCGAAGAGCCGGCCCGCGAAGUCGUUCGACGAGGCAUCACCAACCGAUCACGUGGGUUCUGCUCCGGUAGGUGGCGCCGAUGUCGAAGGGGCGGCAAACGUGAGCGCACCGCAGUUUGCCGGGUUGUCGCAGACGAACGUGGUAGAGCAGUUCACGCUCUACAAGGGCGUGACCGUCAUUCUGCGAGGCGAGGAAGAAUAUUACGAAGAGCUGCCAAACAGAGACGAGCAGUUAUGUAUGAGCAAGCAGAUCUUCCAGUAUGGCAUCUUGGGAAUCUCGCUGGCCGUAGUAAUAGUAUUCAUCUGCUGCUGCUGCAUGGUCAGAAAGGUGACUCUCAGCGCGUCUAAGAUGCAGUCAGCCGAACCACCAUCGAGCCGCCGGCGCAGAGUAAUGUUCCCUCAGUACAACCUCGGCAGCAUCUACAGCGAGAUGACGAGAUGGGGGCGCGCAUCGGCCCACCCACGCGCUCGGCGGUAGCGCCCCCUGCACACCUCCACCCACCAUGACGUCAUCGGCGGGUAGUCAUUACGUGGUGUCGCUAAUAUCUAGACAAUGUCUGGCUUUGUGGAUCGCGGCUCGAUAUUUAAUAGGUGCUCAAGCAUUGUUUGCCCGGGUCUGUCGCUAGGCGAAUACACCGAAUGUAAUACUUACGCGUAUAUACUUAUAUGCUUAUAUUAACUUUAGUGAUUUAUAUUUGAUUACACGUUAUAACGUCCGCAUACCCGGUUAGUGAAGAGCAAGACCGAUUAAUCUAAAAAAAAAGUAACUAUAUAGGCCUAGACUUCUAUUAAAGGUGAUCAUUAGAUCUUUAUGAAUGUGAAAAUGGCAGUAGAUAUUCUAGAUUAUAAUAUAUUAUAUACAUAUUAUGUAGAAAUCCAUAUUUGCAUACGUUGCAGAUGAUAUACCAUAUGGCCUACGUCUGUGUAUUUAACACCGAUGAACAUGAUUAUAUCAUAAUAUUAUAUUCGACCCAUGUGAUUAGAGAGAAUUCCAUUUUAUGUUCUUUACACCUACACGGAAAUAAUUUAUAUUAUUUACACUGUGCAGCAAUAUGGUAAUAAAAAUGAAACAUUUAAAUAUUAAAUAAACCUUAACUGCUGAAAAAUUGUCGAGUAACGCCAGUGAAUGUACGUAACCUCAACAACUAGGCCUAUAGUAACUAGUUCAUUGCAUUUUCGGAUGUUUUAAUGGUUUAAUGAGAUUUUUACAAAUAGAUUACGAGGAAGUAUUGAAAGUGUUCUAAUUAUUUUUAAUAUAAUUUAUCAUUAA